ACUUCCGUACACUCAGCUCAUUGGAGACAUGCUAGUGGAUCACGGAUAUCAUCGUUCAAAGUGAGGCCAUACAAACACGUGGUGCCUGUAUCUGGGAUUGAUUACUUCUGUGUAGAAUCUUGCCCGCGUCAUUGCCGGCUUUUCUGUCACCGUUUCCUGCACGUGUGUUUACAUGUAAAACACUGCGUUGGACUCGUUAUAGCCUGAAUAUUACUUUUGUUUUAAAUAUAAAAGGAGGCAUACGAUUUGAAUAACUGAAAACAAUUUAACGAAAGGGCGGGGUUGUGUUUCAGUGCCGUAAGAAACUCUGUUUUAGAACUGGACAAAAUACAUGUUGUAAAAUCGACCCUGUAUUACGGCUAAAGAGAGCAUUUAUUGCAAUGUGAGCAAUGAGCGCGUUAUUCAGUCGCUUCGGCUCCUUUACUCGUCUUCGAUUGCGCCCGUUUGGGCUCUGCAGGACCACUCCGCCUGCAGCAUACCUGUACACGGGCCCUUCAAAACCGAUCCCUAGGUGCUCGAACCCUGACCUCAAGAAGUAUAAAAAUCUUCAGAAGAACUUUAAAAGAAGACUGAGAGCAUCAUACAGCAAGUUUGCCGAUUUACAAGACGAAUCAUUGAUCUGUGGACGCGACUAUGUGUAUUCCGUGGGAUGUGAAGGCAUCUACAGAAGGGACUGGAGGCAGAAGGAGGCUGAGCUGCUGCUUGAUCUGGAGCAGUGCUGCCCUGGGGGGGAGGACGGCGGAGAGAGAGGGGAGUGGGCGGUCCAGCGGGUGCGUGUGUCCCCCUCAGAGAGGCACCUCGCUGCUACCAUGAAGAGCUCUCACAGAGAGCAGGCCAGGUGUGUGGUGGUGAAGCAGGCUGACGCGGCCACUCAAAAGGAUCUCUCAAAAAUCCUCUUCACCCUGCACAAUGUCUUCAGCUUUGAGUGGGCCAAUGACGAGGUCCUGUUCUACACGACUCAGGAGGGUCUGCGUUGCAGCCGUGUGUUUUGCUUGGACCUGAAUUCCCCUGCAACCAUACCUAGGCCUGUAUUUGAAGACACACAGCCUGAUGUGUUUGUUGAGGUGGCCCUUUCUAGAGACGGGAGGAUAUUAACCAUCAACUCCAGCAGUAAGACGGAUUCGGAGGUGUGGCUUAUCAACGUGACCACGCCUACUUUAGAACCCCUCCUGGUGCAGCGCCGCUUACCAGGGCUGAUGUAUCAUGUGGAGCAUUGGAGGGACGGGUUGGUCAUACUGGCCAACACAGGCCCUGGGCAGGAGUACCAGGUGCUGAAGGCUCCCCUCUCAGGGCCCUCCCUGGGCUCCUGGGUGCCUGUGUACACACCUUGCCCGGAAGUGACCCUCAAAGACAUGGAGGUGGUGGGCGAGCACUGCGUGCUGACCACCAGAGAGGCCAGUGGGGGGCUGGCUCUGACCGUGGUUCCAUUAGCCAGCCCUCUGGGGGGAUUCAGCCUACCGCUCCCCCUCUGGGCCUGUUCUUGUGAGUCGCGGAUACCGGGCCCCGCGGACCCCCGCCAUGCACUGCAGUUGCUGCUGUCGUCUCCAGCACACCCCCAGGAGCACUUCUCUUUUCAGCCCAUGGACAGGCUCCUAUUGUCCCGUCCGGAGAGGGAAGGGACCCCCCCAGAGAGAGGGCGUGGUGGCGAACACGUCACCAAGCGUCUGGAGGUGCAGAGCCAGGACGGCACCAGGGUCCCAGUGACUCUGUUCCACUCCGUGGCUGCAGGGUGUCUGCAGCGGGCCCCCCUGCUGCUCCACGUGUACGGGGCCUACGGCAGGGACCUCAACAUGCACUUCAGUCCAGAGAGCAGGCUGCUGCUGGAUCUGGGCUGGGUCCUGGCCUACUGCCACAUCAGGGGCGGGGGGGAGCUGGGACUGUCCUGGCACAGACAGGCCCGCAUGAAGGGGAAAAGGGCCGGUGUGGAGGACCUGCGGGCCUGUCUCCUGCAGCUCCACGCCCGAGGAAUCUCCUCGCCCUCGCGCUCGGCCAUCAACGCCAGCAGUGCUGGAGCGGUGCCAGUAGGGGCACUGUGCAACACGGACCCACACCUGGUCAGAGCAGUCACACUCCAGGCCCCCUUCGUGGACGUUCUGGGGACGAUGAUGGAUGGCAGCCGGCCUCUGACUGUGGAGGAGAGGGAGGAGUGGGGCGAUCCCACCGCAGACCCUCAGCACAGACUCGCCAUCGCCUCCUACUGCCCCCUUCACAACAUUACCCCUCAGUGUUACCCCUCCAUGCUGCUGACGGCCUACAGUGAGGACGGCCGCGUGUCCCUGGACGGGGUCGUUCAGUACGCUGAGAGAGUGCAGCAAGCCGUCCACACACACUUCACUGCACUCCAUGGGGCAGAAUGUGAACGAGCUCCGAGGGUGGUCCUAAACGUCCAGCCGGGAGCAGACCACUUUGGACCCAAUCACUUUGACUUGGUGCUGGAGGAGACUGGCAGGCGAAGUGGAGGCGCUCGCACCGGAGAGAGUGCACUUCAGAUGGCCUUCCUCUAUACAGAGCUGGGCCUGGACUCACCCAGGAGGAGGAGCUAGCCUCCAUGGUCAGAGCGCUGUGGAAGAGACCGAGCUACUCAAAGAUCCACAAGGCCACAAGGACUGUAGCUUGUAUUCACUAGAAUGUAAUGUGAUGCCAUUAUCCAGUGGUAGCCUUUAUUCUGUAGGUUGUACAAUGAACUUUUUCUUUAAAGGUCCCAUGACAUGCCACCAGGUAUGGUGUGAUUAGCUGUUACAAGUCGAAGAAGAAAAUCUGUCUCUGUUGACAUCACAGGUGGGCGUGUUCACCUAGCUAUGUACUGGAUAGAUCAGUCUACCAGCCUAUCCAUUGGACUUUAGCAACUGUUGCUCAUCUAUCCGUUACACAUCUAGGUAAACACGCCCACCUGUGAUUUCAUAAGAGACCGAUUUUUAAAACGGCAUGUAACGGCUAAUCACACCACACCUGCUGGCAGGUCAUGGGACCUUUAACCUGAAUUUUCAAACAGAAAUGACUAUUCUUUUUACAUUAAAGUAAUAAAAAAAAAAUUGAGUGCUUUCAA